GGUGCAAUAAAAUGGAUCACCGAUUUGAGGGACUUCUCAUCAUCUAAAAAAUGACAAAAUUCUUCCCGCAUUCAUCAACAGGUAAAAAAGAUAUGCGAAGCGAGUAAGAGCACAUUUUCUGGGUAAACACGAAUCCCACGACGAAUCACAACACCACUAUCGUCCAUUUCGGAGAAUCAGCCGUACGCAUCUAUACACUCACUGUGCCCGCCUUUUGUGUGACAGAGAGCAGGUUCGUCUACAAACGAGGUGAGAGGCUGAGAUUCACACGUUAUCCCGUAAUGUUUGCCAAACAGGAUUUCAAUCUAUAAUGAUGAAAUUUUAGAUGAGCCAUUCAUCAUUCAUGAUCGGUCCCAUCUUCUCCGGCACCGGAAAGAAAUAGUUUACGGAUUUGGCCAGUCCUCUCGCGAUCAGCCAGCAGUUUAACGUCCUUUUUCUGGGAAAGUUUUCUUGGCCCAUCUAUAUUUCACCAACCGGACGUUUCAUAUUACCUGCUUAGUUUUCCGUAUAGAGCAGUGCGCAGUGGGAUUAUCCUAGUGCUUCGUUGGAAUUUGGUUCUGGAAGUAAAUUCCAAUUGAUCGUAGUAAUCAGCUGGUUUCCGAACCAGUAUGGCAACGACGCAAGAUGGUCGGAAAACAACACCUCAAUUCGCUGGCAUAAAUCAAUCGCCUUACACCAACAUCAACGCCGGAUCUACCAAUGCGGUUUCUGGAGUGAUAACCGUUGGGUCGACAGCUUCCAAACCGGACGGUCAAUAUGUAACAAUUCCACAACAGCAGUUUCCCCAUCAUCAACAGCACCAUUAUCAUCACACAGCCCCCCAGCAACAGCAACCUGUUCAAUCCAACCACACUGUUAAGCCAACCAUUUUGAACCACUUCCUCAGUUCAGGACCUUCUCAAGCUGAAAGUACAAUCAACCAUAGCAUCGAAAUGUCCAAUGAGUCAGUACCGAUGACCACCCCAUCGUUGGUCAAAAAGAUGUGGCUACUUAUAGAAUGGGAGGCAAUUCCGGGGGAACCGAUCUCCUACUCGGUGAUAGAUUCUUCCGACUUGAUACUGGAUAGCAACGGAACCAAUACCCGUGAAACAAUUCACACCGGCAAGGUGAUCUAUGUACGAAGGGGCAAGAAACUGCAGCAGGCUACGGUAGUCAUCAUUUCCGAUGAUAAGCAGUUUAUCGACGCGGAGGUGCGACAGUUGAGACAAAUGUCGGCCAACAACCACUUUCGCAACCAACGGGCUACGGCCGUGGUGCAGAGCGUUGAACAAAAACGGCGUCGUGUUGAGGUACCAGACAGAAAGUCGGACGAACAGCCAGAACCUGCCAGCCCGGAGUUUGAACCAAUGCCAGUCCAGUCACAGAUUUCUACAGCAAACUGGGUCGCAAACUGCAAAACGGAACGCAUACUGUCACCUUCACCCUCGGUGGCUUCUGUGGCAUUGUCCACACAGCAUCAGAGCCACCUGCAGCAACAGCAGCAAUUUCGGUCACCUCCGAUGACGUUCGAUCAGCAGACGCAGACUGAUCCUCGCUGCCUGCCACAACAAUCACCGCAAACAUCGACCGAUGGAAACCGAUCGGAAAUUUUGAGGAUACUAGCCCUUCAGGAAACGAUUUUGUCCGAACAGAAAAGCAUGCGAAUGGAAAAUGAAUACAACCGAAAAAUGAUGUUUGACAUCGCGGAACAAUUGAAUUCCUUCUCUGAUACUUUGAAGCACAUCGCAUCAAAAGUGGAUGCAAUGCAGAAGUAUGAAAUCUCCGAGGUAAAAUCACCUGUGCCAAACGUUGCAAGCUACGUGGUGUUGGGAACUGGUGGAGAGGAAAGUAGGGACCGUCCUCCGAGCAGCGUUGCCGGGUCCUAUUCGAAUAAGGUGGCCAACUUGAUGAUAGAGCCAAUUUGUAUGCAUGAGGACAGCAACGCUUCACUUAACCAGAGCAAAUUUUCUAUCGUUGACGAAAACUCUUCGGCCGCUUCAACACCAAAGAAUCUGAACUUUUCCAAUCGCUUGUCGGCAUCGGCGCUCAGCCUCAGCAACACAAGCGUCCAUUCACAACCGGCCGCCAAUGAUAAUAAUGCAGAUAUCAACGAAGUGCUCAAAGACUGGAAUGAUGAAGACGACGACCCAAAUGACGAUUCCACGUUAACCCCGAUCGGUCCAAACAACACCAUGGUCAAAAAGAAAAUCCUCAACGCCAUCAAUUGGACCAACUACAAGGUAGCCACCCGUAAGCUGCUCAUGACACUCUUCACUAGGGAAAUUCUCGCUUCUCACACGCUUACCGGAAGGCCUUCCCCAGCAUUCAUGGGCGAUCGGGCCAAACCGGUGAAAGAUCGUCUGGAUCAAAAAAUUAUCACAGAUAUCAUUGCUAUCGUGACUAAAAUUUGCAAGGUCUCGGAACCGAUGGUUCGCACAGCAAUAACCACAAAAUGUGCGGAUGAGAACAAAAUGAAUCGCAUGAAAAGCAUCAAAGGAUCAUCGUCACCUGCCGUCGCUUCGAACCAAACCAUCAUAUCACAAUAUGUACAGCAUGCUACUACCACUGUUGCAGAACCGAGCUCGCAACAUCCUGAAAUGACCACAGUCGUUCCGGUUGGUGUGCGACGAAUCAAGCGGGAAAAUAAAGAAAACGUUCAUUGACUCCCCGAAGAGGCACUCGGAAAUAAUACAUAGCGCUCCACUUCCUGAAGUUGCCAUCGUUUUUUUUCACUUCUAUUUCCCAGGAGGCUGACGUCUUGAUUAUUCUUUCUUUUCUUUUUUAUUCCUGUCGUGUAUCAGUCUAUCUUCUUCCCAAAUUACCUGAGACGCUAUACACCUAGAGAUAUUUGUUCGAUACGUUUCGUAUUUUUCAUGUAAUGAGUUUUUACAAAAUACAUAUGACUAUAUUUUAAGAUUAAACCUUCGGAACGUUUAUAAAGACACACAAAUUAAAAGAAGAUUGGUGAUGAAAAAGUUGUUAACGAUCUUUUUAUAUAAACCAUUGACCCGAAUAAAAUCAUUUUAUACAUAAA